AGUAGAGUUGCAAGUAGCUUUCGAAGCGUACGUACGUAUCUUGUCUCGUAUAUCUCUCGGUCGGUUCCGUAUCGUCGUUCCGUGUUCCUCCGGAGGAGAUUGUUUUGUGGAUUUUGUCGCCGUCGUGAACAACUCUGUGUUUUGCCUCUUCGCUGGUGCGUAUGUGAAUGAUGAAUUUCGUCAAAGAUGGUGUUUGCAAUUAGUGGCUAGUCUGCGUAUUGCGUACAGGUUCAAUUGUUUUCCUCCGUUCGAUUGGCUGUGUGAUUGAUUUCAUAUUCGCUCUACGGGUGUCAUUGCAAACCACAAAUAAACGCAGUGAGCCUACGCGGGGGUGCGCUUCAGGGGGAGAAAGAAGGAAAGAGAGAAAAAAGUUUGUGGGAUAGCGCAUAUCGUUACACAGGUGAAGAAGGUGAACGCAGUGCUGCUGCCGAAGUGAGAUAGCAAGUGCAGGAGGAAGAUUUGCCCCGAAGACGUCUCGGGCGAGAGUGUUGUGUUUUAUUUAUGCUCCAAGUUCGGGGGGGAAAAAGGUGUUUUAUGUUUUACGUUAUUUUCGCUAUAGCCAUUCAUACCUACUCGAGUUAUGACGACCGAGUUAUUACUGCUCUUGGAUAUGUAAUAUCGAUGUUUUUCUAGAAGAGGUCAUCCCACUGAGAAAGCCCACAAGUGCACCGAAUGUGUGAGUUGUCUGCAGGAAUAAUUCGAUCGAACGACAAGUUAUCUGGUGCAAUCCGCAAAGUUUCAACUCCUACUGGAAGGAAUCGAUCGAGCCGAUAGAAAGCCUCGAUUCCAGGUCACGUUCGUUUGCCGCGUUUUUGGUAGUCUUUUGUACGCCCAACCAUUAAAAAUAAUCCAUAACACCGCGAACAAGUGGUCCACUUGCACGUGUUCCGUUCAUGAAAAAGCAAUAAAAGUGAAAUUGAAAAUCUGAAAGUGUUCACGUAAAUCAAAUCAUCUCCGCUUCUACUGGCCAGAUAUAUUUUGUUUGCCCGGCUUCUCCGCGGCAGGUAUUCAAUGUGUGUUCAAGUGCAUCUUUCUUCAACCAUUUCCUCGACUUACUACUGAGAGGCCCACGCUCCGAGCAAUUGUGGUAAGCCAGCCACAGUUGAAUUUGCGCGUUAAAGAUUAACCACAGAUCAUCCAGGCACCAUGAACAACAACAGUAGCAGCAGCAGCUCUUCGCGGUCUCAUCUGCAGUCGCUGUUCAACAACUCGCUGGCCAUCCGCCAGGAGAUUCAACGCUUCGAGAGUGUCCACCCUUCGAUCUACGCCAUCUACCACCUGAUCGAUCUUCUGGACGACAGUCAGGUGGCGGCCCAGAUUCGGGAUCACGUCGUCUGCAUUGAAGAUUCCUUCGUCAACAGCCAGGAAUGGACCAUUUCAAGGUCGGUGCCGGACAUUCGGCUCGGAGUCGUCGGAAGCUUAAGUUCCGGCAAAUCGGCCCUGGUGCAUCGGUAUCUGACCGGGUCGUACAUGCAGGAGGAAUCCCCGGAAGGGGGCCGCUUCAAGAAGGAGAUCCAGAUCGACAACCAAAGCUACCUGCUGCUCAUUCGGGACGAGGGAGGACCUCCGGAAAUGCAGUUUGCAGCCUGGGUCGAUGCGGUCAUCUUCGUGUUCAGCCUGGAGAACGAAUCGAGCUUCAACGCCGUCUACACCUACUACACCAAAAUGUCCCACUAUCGGAACAGUUCCGAGAUCCCGAUCAUCCUAGUGGGAACGCAAGAUGCCAUCAGUGAACGAUCCCCGCGGGUCAUCGAUGAUUCCCGGGCGCGGAAGCUGGCCCAGGAUCUGAAGCGAUGCUCCUACUACGAAACUUGUGCCACCUACGGAUUGAACGUGGAACGGGUCUUUCAAGACGCAUGUCAGAAGAUUGUGCAGCAGCGUUUAUCGACUGGUUCGGCCAUAACACCAACAAACUCGCGACCAACGACGCCUCAGGGAACCCGGCUUGGGGUAGCCAGUUUUCACGGAACCGUACCUAGUCCGACCAACGGAUUCACGUCGUCAACCGGAAGUCCGGCUAGCGGUUUAACCAUGAGCAGUUCUUCGCCCAGUCACCACCCGAAUUCACAUCCGCCACAGUCCCAGCCACAAGGUACCAUGACCUUGCCCCACAGGCACCACGUCCUGUCGGCUUCGAGCCAUCACAUUCCGAUCAAACUCAGUUCGGAUCUGUUGGCCAGCGAGUCGCAACAUUUGAUGAUCCAACAACAGCGUGAAUCACAUCCUCCGGCUCAAAAGUGGGGCACCAUUUCGCACGGAACUUCGCAGCAAGCCCUCAUGGCCUUGACCAAUGAGAACAACAACAUUGCCAAGUUUGUUCCACCGACCCACCCGGUGUCCUCGGGUGACAGCAGUUUACCGCCGCUCGGGCUGGUGCCUCCAGGGAAGGAUUCCGGAGGAGGUGGAGGGAAGGAUAAAGAACUUCCGACACCCACCUCAACUCCAACGACGUCGCGGAAAAGUAGACGAAGAUCGAACCUGUUUAUUCCUUCUUCCUCGAAGAAAGAGCAACAAGAAAAGAUCAAGAACGGUGAGCUGGGCAGCGGAAGGGCCAUUCCCAUCAAGCAGGGCUAUCUCUACAAGAGAAGCAGCAAAUCCUUGAACAAGGAAUGGAAGAAAAAGUACGUGACCUUGUGCGAUGAUGGUCGGCUAACAUACCACCCCUCGUUACAUGACUACAUGGACGAUAUCCACGGAAAGGAAGUUUCCCUACAAUACGUAACGGUGAAGGUUCCGGGCCAGAAACCUCGCGGAUCUAAGUCAAUCAUUACCAACAGUGCCCUCACGGGAGCCAACUCGAACAUGAACGGAAAGAGUGGCGGUUCAACGAGCGGCGGAUCUCAGGGUAGUAGCAGUAACGGUUUGACCGAAGGACUCGGCGGCCUCUCCCUCGCCAAGGAUCGAAAACUAACGGAGAAAGUUCUGCUCACGGCCUUCGAUACCCUGAGGGAACCGGCCAAGUCAAACUCGCAAACCAGCGGCGAUGAGGGCAUCGUCAUCAGUAACAGCAACUCCCAGAGCUUCAUCGGCUCGGACGGAAACACCAGCAAACUGGACGCUCAAACCCCGAACGUUAAGAAACGGCACCGCCGGAUGAAGAGCAGUGGCGUUGGCAAAAAUAACGAAUAUGACGAUUCCGACGGGUUCGAAUUCUACAUCGUGUCGCUGGACAACAAACAGUGGCACUUCGAGGCGUCGAAUGCCGAGGAGCGGGACGAGUGGGUUUCGGUGAUCGAGCAGGAAAUCUUUAAAUCGCUGCAGGGUAUCGAAUCGUCCAAGUCGAAACCGUUGAACCCGAGCGACAUCGCCUCGAUGCAGUCGAUUCGGAGCCGGGUCCCGGGCAACGGGUACUGCGUUGACUGUGAUUCGCCCAACCCCGAAUGGGCCAGUUUGAACCUGGGAGUGCUCAUGUGCAUCGAGUGUUCCGGAAUCCACCGAAAUCUGGGUUCCCACAUCAGCAAAGUGAGAUCGCUGGGACUAGACGAGUGGCCUCCGGGCCAUCUGAGUGUGAUGCUGGCGAUCGGCAACAGUCUGGCGAAUUCGGUGUGGGAAUCAAACAGCCGAGGCGGGCGGGUGAAACCGACACCGGCCAGCUCCCGGGAGGAAAAGGAAGCCUGGAUCCGGGCAAAGUACGAGGCGAAAGAGUUCCUACCGACGUUUACGGCCACGCCUCCGGUUGGUCAACAGCUUCGGGAAGCUGUCGUUCGAUCUGAUAUGAAAGCCAUCAUCAUUCUGCUUGCCCAUGCCAACGUUGACCACAUCAAUUCGACUGUGAGCGUGCGGGAUCUGAGGACGCCACUGCAUCUGGCCUGUGCCAUCGGAAAUCUAGCCAUCUCGCAAUUGUUGAUAUGGCACCACGCUAACCUGAAACACAUCGACCACGAGGGAAGAUCCUGUCUGACGUACGCCAAGGCGGCCAACUCUCUAGCCGCAGCCCGACAAGCAAGCAAUACCCCGCACCAUGUGAACGUUGAAACGACCUCGGCACUGGUGGAUCUUUUGGGUAGCCUGGGGUGCACAGAUCCGGCCCCAUUCACGGCUAGUGGAACGCUCCCGCGGCGGAGGGAAACCAUCGAUCCGUCGGCCAUUUCCACGUCCUCGACUUCGUCGUUGGUCAGCUCGUUUGAGAAAUUUUCCUCGAACUUGAUCUAGAAACACAACUUAAAAUCGCACACCAUUAAGGUGUUACCGAAUAAUGAUCUGAUUUAGAGAGCGUGUGUGGAGCAAAGCGAUACUACAAUAGAACUUAGUUUCAUAAAAUUUAUACGUUCAAAUAACAAUGUGAUCCCUCUAUAUAAUCGUCGAUUUAAAAAAAAAACGAAUCAAGAAAAAAUUAUUCAUCAGGACAAAAUCCUAAACAAAAUUAUAACAGUGAGCUCAUAGAUUUGGUUUUAUUUAUCAAAAAAGCUAAGCAAAUAUCAUUAAUAUAGAGAAGAAAGCAAGCGUAUAUAGAUGAGGUCUAGUUGAUUAUUGUUUAAGUUAAAGCGGCUCAAAUUGCUGUGUCAAAUUCCCAAGGGUAAAAUUUUGUUUUUAUGUAUAGAUCUUUGUAUUUUAUCGUAAUUUUAUUGGUUUCCUCGAGCCCUACUGUAAAUAUAAAAAACGCCUAUAUAUGUAAAUAACCACCGUCACGGUUAGUUAAGCUGUGUAGAGAAAGAUAAUCGAUUCCCCACUGUAAUAAGUUUGUAGGUCUUAAAUUUGCUCUUUAGAUGCUAGGUUCGUAGGACAAAAUUGCACCAUCUACUUAAAGGAAAACUACACUUUUCAGCACAGUUCACAAAGUUCACUGUUGAUUUUUGUCACUUCUCAAUAGCUGAUUUGAUUGUUUCGAUUUUAUGUCUAGAUUGAUUUUCCUUGUUAUCAUCUUAUGUUGUUUUAUGUCCUAAGAAACGAUUCACGAUUUAAACAAAUAAAACCACAGCAUAAGCUUUUUUGUUGAACGCUUAACUUAGUACGAGACAACACCUUUUAAAUGAUUAUCCUUACAAUUGCUCCCCCCUAAAGAAUGCCAAAAUGAACCUUAGUGCGUUUCGCAAACAAACAAAAUAAUACAAAACAGUACUACAAAACAAAUCAUAUAAUAAAUUAAAAAAAUUACAAUACCUUACAACUUGCAAACACGGCAAAACCUGCUUCAAGUCUAGAUUACAAAUUAAAAAUAAAGCUAGAACAAAUUAGAGCAAAACGUUAAUGAAGAAAUACAACUCAAAAUCUAGAGGAAGAAAGAGAUAAUGAAAUCAUGAAAAGUAUUACAAUUGAUCGAUUGAACCACACAGUCUUGGUAGUUCGGAAAAAGAACCUCCGGUUCUUAACUUGAUCAGCGUAUUAUAGAGCAAUUUCAGCAAGCUACAAUGAUAGAAUUUCCCUCACCCUAAACUCCAGCUAAACUGAUCGAUCAUCAGCGACGACAAGUACCCACACAAUUAGUCUUGUGUUGAUUUCCAAUACCAAGCUAGCUAAGUUACAUAAAACCGAAACCGUGUUGAUAAUGGAUUGGAAAGUACCGCGCAGUAAUAGAUUGAUAAUAGUUAGGAUGUCUCGACGAGUAGUAGUCGGAACCAUUUAGAGUUUACAACAAUAGUUUGAUAGCUGAUCCCCCGCGCAUACCAGAUCUAAAAGUAACAGAAACAUUAACAACAACAACAGCAACAGGUAUUGAUUGUGCUAACUGCUAAUACAUAUAAUGUGGAAGGUGAAAACGAAUAAGUAAAUUCCCCCGCUCCUCUCAGGUAGGUGGUGUAGUGUAUUUGAUAAGGUGAGGCGAGGAACGGUUGAGGUUGAGCGAGAGUGAGCGAACGACAGAACAGAACGAUUGAAGCAGAUUGAAUAAAUCUAUUGGUUAUGAGAGAAACGUUAGGUGAAAGUGACCGACAAACGUUAAUUAAUUGAGAUAUUCGGAGGAAAAGAAUAAAGAAACUAUUGGAAAGUAUUUAAUACGAA